AUGUCGUUUAGGUGUCUCCAUCCAGAGAGGAUCAUUGAGGCACGCUUCUUGAAAGAUGUCAAUGCGUUAAGGGAAGUAUUUACUUUAGUGAAAGUACCAGUUGAUAAGAAGAAGACCAAAAGGUACUGGAGGGAUGCCGUCGAUCGAGAGGCAGAGGGGUCGUCGAAGAAACCUCCCAGUGUGGAUCCUACUAAACUGGUCUUUGACUUCCCGACAUCGGACUCUAUUCCAGGGGGAGCGCCCUCGACUUCGGCACAGCAGCAGAGUGGUGAGGGAGGAAGGGCAGAGAUGUUCCCACAAGUUCAGAUAGGAAUGGUAUCCCCAGUGAGGGACUUCACAACAGCUGUGUAUGGCUCUGGGGUCACUAGUGCUUUGCUGGGUGAAGCCUUCCAGAAGAUGACCACAGUAACGGUGCGGCUAUUGCAACAGCCCGGCUACGAUUACGUUGACAAGGCAGUGGACUGUAUGAUAGCAAUGAAGCAGGCAGCGAUAUGCUAUGGUGAUGACCCGAUAGCUGUGGAAAGUUACCAUAGGUUAUUGGAUGAUACUCUGGCGAAGUGCAGGGACAAUACAUACCUUUGGGAGAGGGUUGUGGCGAAGAGGGUCACAUACGUUUGCCGUGCAGAGGCAGCAGCAUCUACUAUGACUGAAGAGCAGGCAGACGCUUUCCUCCUUCAACCGUCGCAGCCACAGUCAUCACCUGCACGUAGGAACGUGGUAGCUGCAGGCCUCCAUUCCCUUCGGCACUGUACUCUCGAGCUCCGACAUCUCCUCGAGGGUACAUGGGUCCACCUCCUAUGGCUGGUCCGCCGCCACCAAAUGGGACCGAUGCCUGGUAUUGGUGGUCACCAUCAUCACCACCAUCACCCCAUGAUGAUGGCUGGUCCACCUCCCCCUCUAAUGCCACACUCCGGUAUGAUGCUGCCUGGAGGGCCUCCACCACUCCAUCAAGGAAUGAUGGAGUCGGGUCCAGGUGGUAUGAUUGGUCCAGCGCCCCCGCCUCCACCUCGUAUGAUGAUGAUGUCCAGUAUGGAUGAGUACCACCAUCCACCACCUACGGAUCCCCACUACGGAUACAUGAUGGACGGCGGAGGACCAUCACCCAAUGGUCCAGUACCAGGUGGAUCCAUGCGUAGCACGUCGAUGCCUAUGAUGGGGGGCAGUAACCCAGUGAAUCAAAGCCAUGGCAAUACCUGGAUACAAAUCAUGCAGCAACACUCCUUGUGCCCGGCCUUAUUGAACCAGAAUGAUCAUCCUACUCUGCUACGAUGGGAUCC